CGAAACUGGUCUAUUAAUGCAGAAUGGUAUUCAAAAACAAGGGGCCUGUGGCAUUGGAGCGCGACGGAACUACAUCUCCCAUGAAGCCAUUGCCCCGACAGUAGCGCAGUCUUUUCGCGCAUGCGCACCCUGAGUAAUUGGAUAUCAAGUGGGCCAAAACAGCGUGUGAUAAAAUGCACAAGUUGAAGUCAUCGCAGAAGGACAAGGUUCGGCAGUUUAUGUCCUUCACACAGGCCGGGGAGAGGACAGCCGUGUACUGCCUAACGCAGAAUGACUGGAAACUAGAAGUCGCCACAGACAACUACUUCCAGAAUCCAGACCUCUACUACAAAGAAUCCAUGAAAACCUCAGUGGACCGCAAGAAGCUGGAACAGCUCUACAACAGAUAUAAAGACCCCCAGGAUGAAAACAAGAUUGGCAUUGAUGGGGUCCAGCAGUUCUGUGACGACCUGAUACUGGAUCCAGCUAGCGUGAGCAUACUUGUGGUGGCAUGGAAGUUCAGAGCGGCCACGCAGUGCGAGUUCAGCAGGAAAGAGUUCCUAGAUGGCAUGGCUGAGCUAGGCUGUGACAGUCCUGAAAAACUCAAAGCAAUCCUUCCCAGACUAGAGCAGGAGCUGAAAGACACAGGGAAGUUCAAAGACUUCUACCAGUUUACCUUCAAUUUUGCCAAAAACCCCGGCCAGAAAGGUUUAGACCUCGAGAUGGCUGUUGCUUACUGGAAUCUAGUUCUCACAGGUCGCUUCAAGUUUUUGGAUCUCUGGAACCGCUUCCUGGUGGAGCAUCACAAACGCUCAAUUCCCAAGGACACGUGGAACCUCCUCCUCGACUUCGGCAAUAUGAUCACGGACGACAUGUCAAACUAUGAUGAGGAAGGGGCGUGGCCUGUCCUCAUAGAUGACUUUGUGGAGUUUGCUCGGCCAAUUGUGACGAGUAAGCGCAACAUGACAUAGUGUUUGUCCCGACUUCAUGCAGCGACUGGAGUUUGUGUUUCUCCCAAUUUUCUUCUUUUUUUCAAUGAGGAUUUUUAUACAAAUGAGCCAAAAAGAGAGUACUUCUCAAUAAGCCUGUCUGCAGCUUGUCAUUAAGAUUGUUCUUCCAACUGCAUAAGAUGCCUUGACUGGGGAGUGACCUGGAACAGUUCAGAGAGAAAAACCUAAGGGGAAUCAACAGGAGAGAAAUUAAUUAUGUUUUUUUUUUGGCAAAGACAAACUUUGUAAUUGCAAUAUGGAAAUGAUGGGUACCCUAAAACUCAUCACUUAUGGGCAAAUCACCAGUGGGUGUGGCUUCGAACUGCUGCUGCUGCUGCUGCUGCUGCUGCGGACUUACUCACUAACCUGCACCCUCGGCACAGUGAGGAGGGACAGUAACGGUGAACUUUCAGCACACGCAGAAGAUUAAGUUACAGAUGCAGUAGGAAGUGGCCUCUUACAUUGUCAAUCGUGAAUGGGACAGUAUGUUUAAAAUCUGCAUGUUUAUGUCAGCUAGUGUGAAGCAGUGCCAUGGAUGUUGAGGAGGGGAUGAAAAAAAUAGUAGUCUACAUUAUUUUCACUGAGAUUGCGAAUGUGUAGCUCUCUAACAAUCACACUGAGAGCCGAGAGAAAGUGUGCGUGUGUGUGUGUGUGGGGGGGGGGGGGGGGGUGGGGUGGUGGUGUGUGUGUGUGUUGGGGUAAACAUAUCGCCUCUUUUACAAUACAAUGCUAAAUAUUUUCAUUUGGUUUUAUUAUGAUUAGAAGUUAGGAAAUUAUGAUUCACCUUAACUGAGCGACAUUGAAAAAGUUCAGAUCAACAUUUUGUAUUCACACUGAGAAUUGGACGGAGCGGCAUGCUUCUCAAGCUCAGAACCAGCAGAAUCACAAUUGUUACAGUUGUAAAAUGCUGUAUGUCCAUAGGAAUAAGAAUAGAUUCAGUUUUAGAGGAACACAAAUGUAUAUCUGAGAAAACAGGUAAUGACAUUUAGAAUCGUGAUGAGUACAUAAGAACAAGUUAUGAUCCUGAUUUUAAAAAUGCUUCUGCAUUACAUACUUAGUUGACUUUAGUUUGGCAGUGUGUGAACUGUUGUACACAAAGAGAAACUGACUGACUGACUGGCACAUUGACUGUUUUUUAUUAUCCAGGUGAUUUGCCAACUCUGCAAACUGCACUGAUUUACACUUUUUCUGUUGUUGUAGGUUUUCUUUAUCAGGCAGUACUGUACAGAGCUACUCAGUUUACUUGACUGUAGGUUCACUUACAUACUAGACUUUUUAAAUGAACAUCUACAUCCCAGCUAAGAGUAUUUUUAACUAAGUUUGUUUACACUGUUUGAGAUUUUAGUCUGUUGAUUUUCAUGAAUUAGCAACUGUAGUGCAAUGGUGGCAGGUUUAAGUACCAUAGAACUACCACAAAGAUAAACACGUCACUUUGAGGACAGUGCUUGCGCUGCCAUGCAAUGCUUUUCCUCCACACAAGAUUUAGUGUUGUUCUUUAAGUGUAACUAUAAACACUAAGAGCAUUCCCCCCCCCCCCCCCCCCCCCCUUUUUCGGCUAAAGAGUGCGGCAGAAGGUAGAGCUCAGGUACCAGUCGUCCUCUCCCAGUCACAGUGAGCAGCAAGUGGCCUCCUGCACUUGCAUCAUUAUUUGCUGUCUAACUAUCCUAUCUGGUUUUUCCAAUUGUUGUCACCAUGAUAAAACAUUUGCUGAAAUUAGGAUGGAUUAUUUCCCUGCAUCAAAUUUCACAUCCAACUACAGGGGAAAUGAAUGCCUUUCGUUUUCCUUGCGUUGACAAACCUGUGUUUAAGUUUUCAUAUUUAUGUAGGCACAGGUUAGUCGUGAACUAAGGUGGUGUGCAUGAAGUAGACUUUAAUGGAUAAUCAGGAUGGGAAUUUGUCUAAAGAUUGAAUGCACAUUAGUGGCAAAGAAAACAGCUUCAUCAUGACUGAAACAGUCACUGUAGCAGCUGGUAAAUGUCUCAUAUUGUUCAUAUUUGUAACUAGGCAAGUUAGAUAUGUGUUGGUGGAAUGAAAUAUCCCAUAUAACUUUCUGACCGUCCCAAGUUGUGCUCAAAUCUCCAACACAGCGAGAUGGUGUGAAAGCUCUUCCCAGUUGAUUGUUGUUGACUUUAUUAUCUGACAUCGUCUGUGGUUUAGGAGCAAGAAAAUGUCACAUCUUUAGGUUAUUCAGUUUGCUAAUAUGGUACAUUUGGUACGUUUUUAUUUGUCAAAUGUGUGGUCAACUGUGUCAAGUCAUGCAGAUCAUUCUUAUCAAACACAGUAUUAUUUUUGUCGGCAAGAAAACAGGUAUUUACAAAAUAUUAUGUUUUGUCACAGAAGCAUACCGUACAUUGUUUUCUUUAAGAAAUUUGUGAAUAAAGCAUGUUGUUUUUAA